GGGGGGGGGGCGGCGGGGAAGGGGGGGCUGCCUGAGCCUCUGAGUGACCCCCAAAGGCCCCCCCGGCCUGGAGAGUGAACCUGGGGGUCUCCGUGAGGCGGCAGAAUUGGGGGUGCUGCGGCUGAUUUGAUUUUGGGGUCCCUGCUCCCCUGGUUUGGGGUCCCUCCCUCCGCCCCAGGGACCUCCCUAUGGCUCUCCCUGCUCCCAGAGUCCAAUCCUGCCCGGUGCUGAGUCUUCUCCUGUAGGGAUGCUCUGGGUGGGUGCUGAGGCCCCCCAAUCCAAUUGAUUUUGAGGGGGUCCUCUCCCCCCUCCACCCCAGGCACCCCUAUGGCUCUCCCUGCUCCCAGGGUCCAAUCCUGCCCAGUGCUGGGUCUCCUCCUGCAGGGAUGCUCUGGCUGGGUCCUGACCCCCCUAAUCCAAUUGAUUUUGGGGGCGCCUUCUCCCCUCCUCAGAUGUCCCCCCUCCUCCCCAGGGACCCCCCGUGCUCCCAGGGUCCAAUCCUGCCUGGUGCUGAGUCUGUCCCUGCGGGGCUUCACCAUUCCCAGCUCCCACCCAGCACCCUUUGUUUGUUAAAAUCAACAUCCCCUGACCCUGGGGGUGCUGUGCCCCCAUCUCAGCGUCUCCUGUGAGGUCGCUGGGUGGCAUCGGGGUGCAGGAUGAGGUCCUCUGGAGCACAGCUGGUUGGUUGCCCACGGGCCACUGGCCAAGAGGGUCCUGAGUCCCUGCUGCCCCCAAAGGAGCCGUUAAUGCUGAGAUUGAUCCACCAGCACCAAAAAUAUCACCGGAGUGCUCAGCACCCUUCCCGGCAGCGCUGGGCCCUGAGCCACCAGCCUUAUAUGAUGGGAUGGUGGAGGAGAUCCAUCUCCUGAGGGAUAUGGUGGAGAUCCAUCUCCUGAGGGACGUGGAGAGAGAAGGACCAGGGGUGUUACCUCCAUUCCCGUGAUGUUCCAACUGGAGAGGCGUUUCCUCCCCCUCGCGCUGACGCCAGAUGCCGCCGCUGGGGCAGCAGGACACCACGCCACACUUGAUGGCCCCACGGCCAACGUAGGCACCGCUCGGUGGGGCUGCCUCUCGCAUCGGGAGAUCCCUGUCCCACCCAGAGCUGUGGCCAUGGAGGUCACGUCAGUGCUCAGCCCCUCGUCGUGGGAGAAGCGGCGUGCGUGGGCCAGGCAGAGCCGGUGCUGGCGGACCACCGUGGUGGAGGAGGAGGCAGCCGCCGCCAUGCAGGACGUCCCGGAGCUGCAGCCACCUCACCUGGAUGACGUCUUCCUUGAAGCAAGUCCCUCCAGCAAGAUAGAGACGUGGCUGCAGGAGUGCGGGUCAUCGCUGGAGGUGCCGCUGGAGGAGUUGGGCUUGCUGGGCCCCUUGGGUGGGAGCAACAGAACCAGCUUUGAGGAUGACCUGACCCUGGGAGCUGAAGCUCUUCUGCUACCAGCGAGCGACAAGGCCAAGGGCAGAGCUCUGAGGGACAAGCACCUCAACCUGGGGCACAGCAUGGCCUCCAGUGCCCUCUCCAGCCUCACCACCAAGACCAGUUCCAGCAUUUCCGACGUCCUCGAGUGGUGGCAAGCAGAUGCCGAGGAGAUCCUCUACAACCUGGGCUUCGUGCAGAGCGAGGCGGGCGCCGUGUCCCGUGUCCCUGCACGCUUCUUCUCAGCUCCUUCCCGUGCCAAGGGCAUCGAUUUCCAGGUCUUCCUCAAGGCCCAAGUGCGGCGCAUGGAGACGGAGGAUCCCUGCCUGAUGCUGGCCAGUCGCUUCCAGCAGGUCCAAGCUUUGGCUGCCACGGCUGAUGCUUUCUUCUGCCUCUACUCCUACGUCUCGCGGACCCCCGUGCAGCGCAUCUCCCCCACCUGCCUCACCUGGGCUUUUCCCGAUAUCCCCGACCUCCUCAUCGCGCCCACCCAACCUUGCACCCUCUCACCUGUGGAGCGUUUGAAGAAGGUCGUGUCCACCAUGUGCCUCUACGCAUCCCCCCGGGAUGAGGACGGCCCACGGGGGACCAUGUGGGUGACCACCGUGCCCACCACCCAACCCAAGACCCUGGACAAGGUGGUGCAGGAGGUGCUGAGCACCAGCGAGGAUGACGAUGGCUGCGAUUCCCGCGAGGAAGCUGCCCGGUGUCUCCAUCUUUCCGCCGGGGUCCGGAGAAAUCUCCUGCUACACGCCAGCAGUGGACAAUCUGACAGCAGCGGCUUCGUGGAGGAGCCAGUGCCCGGCCAGCCGCCGAAUGGUCAUCUCCAUGGCACUGACCAGAUGACCUGAUGCCACCACAGAGGGACCUGAGCUUUCCCAGGCACAGACAGGAGCCACAGUUUGGCACCAGACGAACGGGACUGUUCCACUGUGAUUGGGACACGAAGCCCACCAAGGCUGAGCCCUGUGGGUACAACUGUGGGUGUUUGGCACAGAAAACCUUUGGAUUCAGGACUUUUUUGCCCCUCUUCACCCAGCCUUGCCAGCGCCGGGGCCACAGCUGCACCUGGGCAGCACCGGGGGCAUCUCCUCGUGCCUGGUUCUUGGGGACAUCACCCACACUUUGGUCCCCUCAGGUGCAGUGCCUGGAACACUAGGAUAGGGGGGUUCACUGGGAGCAGCCAGCGUCACGCUGGGAAUAAAGCUGCCAAAGUGAUGAUGGUGGCUCUGGAGCUUCUGGAGGGGUGGGAUUCAGCCCUGCCCAUCCCCUCUGGAGUGGAAACCCUCGGUGCCAAUUUACUUGGUCCCCAAAAGGGACCUGAGCAGGGGCUGUGCAGCUCCACGUCUUCCCUGGGGACAGAGGAGCUGCCACCAAGGCUCGGGGCUUCCUGCUCUCCAGACCUCACGGUGGGGCUGGGGACUCGUGGGAUGUCGAUGCCGUGGUUGAGGUGGGACUGGAGUGGUGGGCACUGCUCAGGAGUUUUUUGGCCUCUCCAUCUUCCCCACUGAGCCUCUCUUCAGGUUCCUUAUCAGGGUUCUUCAUGGCUCCAGGCCUGUUCUUCGUCUUCCUGUCACCUUAUCUUUCUGGCUCGCUGUUCUUCCCCCUCUGAGAGAUCUGGGCAGCUGAAGGAAACCACACUGAGAUGAUGCUGGGACUGCACCAGCUGCUCCUUAACCCCUCCUGUGCUGCUGCCGCUGCUGCUGCCACAUCGGCACCUUCGUUGGUGGCUUUUACCCCUGGGAACACUGAGCUUGGACAGUGGAGGGUGGUGGGUGUUGACUGGUACCCCCGCAGCCUUGGGGUCCACUCUAAAGUGUCCUUAAGCCUCAAAUUCAGCAUCCAGCUCUGCUCCUGCCCCUCCAGAUCUACUCAGGGGAUGGGGACAGGUCACAGGUCACCUCAAACCAGAACCCCACACCCUCGGGAAGGAGCAACCGUGGUUCUCCUCCAGGCUUGCAUGGUCCUCAUUGUAGGUCCCCAUCCUGGCAGUGGUCCAUAUCCUCCCAUUCUCAGGAGCCUUGUGCUGGGGAGAAGGUUGGGACCAGCCCCAGGGCAUCAGGGCAGGAGUUACUGGAAAAGGAAGCUCCUGAUAGAUAAACAAACCCCAGGGUUUCCCUGUGGAGAGCAGUCAAAGAUGGGAUUAUCCUGGAUUAGCCACACGGCCCCUCGGGCACCAAGGCUGGCUCCCACAGCCCAUCCUUCCUUGGAAUGGUCUGAACCUGCCAGGGCUGCUCCACGCCGGUUUUGGGUGGCCCAAGGCUGUGCUUUAUCCUUCUCCAUCUCCACAGCGGGUCAUUGUGGGACCCUCCCAAACCUGGGUGCUUCUGCAAGCUGUGGUCCACGGGCCACAGAGGGUCCCCCAGGCACAUUCCCAGUGCUCAGUUUGGGCUCAUCCAGGAAAUAAACUCUCCACAGCUCCCGGAUUUUCUGGACAGGUCCUGGAUGGGGUGUCUGAAGCCUCCCGAGAAAGCCUUGGUGGAGCACAGCUGGAGCUGAGGGCUGGGGUUCCCCAUCCCUGGGGGCACCUGAGGACAAUCCCAUCCCCACGGUUCCUGCAGGAACCAGACUGGAAGCCAGCUGGAAACCAGUGCCCUGAAGAGACGAACCACUGGGAACAAGUAGCUGCUGACGAGGACGGGGCUGGGGGCACGGCGUGACAUCUUCAUCCAGAUUCAGGGCUGAACCCAUGGAAAUGGAAGCAUUUGAUGCAAAUGUUGAAGCCUUCGGUGUUUCUGAGACCAGAGCCAGAGGUUUUGGGGCAGGGAGGAAUUAAACUGGUGGGAUGGAGGACCUUGUGACCGGGACGGUAUCCUAAUGAAGUUACACUUCUGCCCCCAGACCUCUCUGUGCCUGUUAUUUGUGUAUUUGUGAGCCAGGAUCCCAGCUGCAACCAGUUCCCUCCCUGGGGGCUUUUGGCUCCUCACCGUGUAUCCGGGUGCCUAAAAUCCCACCCCGGGGCAAAGCUGGGUGCUCUGAGGUUCUUGUCUCCUUCCUCUUCCCACCAGGAAUGAAUGGGGUGCCAUGAGAAGCUGAGGACACGGCACAAACCCUCCCUCAGGCAAAGGGCAGGAGAAAGGCAUGGAAAAUACCAAGGAUUUAUUCCCCAUCUCUGAAGCCAAGAGGCAGCGAAGGUU